AUGGUGAGGCAGAAUCUGAAAAAAGUCGAACAGAUCAAAGUAGACGAAUCUACAAAACUGUUUCCUUAUGUCUUCGGGUUGAACAAUUCUUCUGGUAAUAGCGCAAAGAGAUCGAGGCCUACGCUUAUCUAUCUUCUUCUCGUCUCUCUUAUCUCAAGUUGCUUCGUCUUUGCUCCUCACUUCCUUUGUUUUCCUUACCCUCCUGCUCUGUUUCUCGUCGAUUCUUCUAUCAAAGAGAUUGAAAACCGGGUUCCUCAGAACGAUACAGAAGCUCCCCAGACGUCGAAAAAUGAAGAGAGCAUCUUGUGUGACAGAACCGGUUAUCGGUCAGACAUAUGUACCAUGAAAGGCGAUAUCAGAACGCACUCUCCUUCUUCCUCGAUCUUUCUCUACACCUCGAAUGAUCUCUCCGAUCAUGUCUUGCAAGAAAACAUUAAACCAUACACCAGAAAAUGGGAAACUAGUAUAAUGGAAACCAUCCCUGAGCUGAAACUUGUGACAAAAGAUGUGAAGCUUUUUGGCGAUAAGUGUAAGUGCCAAGUGAUCCAUGAAGUACCCGCCGUGUUAUUCUCUACCGGAGGAUACACCGGAAACCUAUAUCAUGAGUUUAACGAUGGGCUUAUUCCUUUGUAUAUAACAUCUAAACGUUUCAACAAAAAGGUUGUCUUUGUGAUUGCUGAGUAUCACAAGUGGUGGGAGAUGAAGUAUGGAGAUGUUCUCUCUCAGCUCUCUGAUUAUCCUCUUAUUGAUUUCAACAAAGACAAGAGAACUCACUGCUUCAAGGAAGCUAUUGUUGGUCUUAGAAUCCAUGGUGAGUUAACAGUAGAUCCUUCUCUGAUGCAAGAUGAUACAACAACCAUCAAUGAGUUCAAAAAUCUACUUGAUCAAGCUUAUAGACCUCGAAUCAACAGCUUGGAGAGCGAAGAGGAGCAACGUUUCCACUCAAAAGCAGCCAAGAGAAGAAAGGCUCAAAGACCAAAAAUAGCAUUGUUUUCAAGAACCGGGUCUCGAGGGAUAACAAACGAGGAUCUGAUGGUGAAAUUGGCUCAGAGGAUCGGGUUUCAAGUCGAGGUUUUGAGACCCGACAGAACAACGGAACUGGCAAAGAUUUACAGAGUGCUUAACUCAAGCCAUGUCAUGGUUGGUGUACAUGGAGCAGCAAUGACUCAUUUUCUGUUCAUGAAACCUGGAGGUGUCUUCAUUCAGAUCAUUCCAUUGGGGACAGAUUGGGCUGCAGAGACAUAUUAUGGAGAGGCGGCAAAGAAGCUCGGUCUAGACUACAUUGGUUAUAAGAUUCUUCCGAAAGAGAGCUCAUUGUAUGACAAAUAUGAUAAAAACGAUCCCAUUCUAAGAGAUCCCAGGAGCAUCACUCAGAAAGGAUGGCAAUUCACAAAGGGGAUAUACCUAACCAACCAGCAAGUAAGGUUAGACCUCCGGCGAUUCAAGAAGGUUUUGGUUCAUGCGUAUGCAAAAUCCACUAGCUGA